AUGCUUUCUUUAUUCGCUGCAAACUUUCUACGAAUGGGUCAAAAAUGGCCCAAAGGUGGGGGGGAGGGGGGAAAAGAAAACAUUUGGUGUACUACAGGUAAUGGAACAUUUUUACUUGAUAAGAUAAAGCAGCACAAGGACAAUGACGUUCAUCAACAAGCUGAAGAAAUCGAAUUGAAAAUAUCAUCUCGAACACAACCAUCUUGGACGGAAACACAAGCAAAACAAAUUUCAAAACAGGAACAAGCAGUUCAAAACCUGAUGCUCGCCUCAAUUUAUAUUUGUCGUCAAUAUCAAUCCUUGAAUAGUUUGGAAGAAUUGUGUAUUUUACUUGAAAAACUUGGUGUUCAAUUAUUACCUUCGGUAAUAUCUGGUGUGAAUUAUCGGAACAACGAUGCUGCUUUUUCCUUUCUUCAACAUGUUGCAUUUUAUUUGCACAAAGAAUUGGUCGAGAAAGUAAAAGCUAGUACUGUAAUAGCAUGGAUGAUGGAUGAGUCAACGUCGAGAACAGUGGAAAAAAGUUGUAUUGUUUAUGUUCGGUAUCUUGAAAAUAAUCAGCCAAAAACAUCGUUUUAUUCUUUACUUGAUAUGGAAGGUGAUGGAACUGCUGAGAACAUAGUCAAAACAAUCAGCAGUCUCUGGCAAACAGAUGAUUUGGAUCCAGCUAACACAUGCUGGUUUGCAAGUGACAAUGCAUCGACAUUCACAGAUACUGGUAAAUCAGUUAUCGUUGAAAUUGUUUCGAAUUUAGAAACAACAAUUGGAAAGAUUUAUAAUUACUUUGGAAGAAGUUCAAAUCGUCAACAAAAGUUAAAAGAUUGGCAAAAUUUCUUAGAUAUGCCGGAAUUAAAAUUCAAGCGAAUUUACGAUAUCCGUUGUUCUUCUAUACAAGGGUGUAUCAAACCUAUUAUUCAAAAUGUGCAGCCAAAUAAUCAGGCACUUCUAGCAACCCUCGAACAGAACGCAUGUGGUCCAAUUUGUUCACAGGCAGAUCGUGAUGCAACAAAGGAAUUAUUUCAAUGUGUAUUAGAUGAUGAAUUUCUAUUCCUGCUUCAUUUCCAUCACGACCUUCACGAGUGUGCUCUUGGGCCAAUUACAAAACUAAUGCAAUUCGACAAGGUAUCGUACUACUGUCUUAUGAAAGAAAUAGAUGAAAAAAAAUGUUUAAUAUCACAAUGGAUAUCUCAAUCAACACCAACAUGGGGACCAACAUUAGCUGAUUAUAUAAAAACAACAAGAAAUGGAACGUAUGGAGCUUUCAAAAUCAACCUAUGCAACCGACAAAAAUUAACCCAAGAAUGCUUAGCACACAUUCAACGUUUGCUCGAAGAACUCGACAAACGAUUUGCUCCAUCACCAAUAUUAGAGUGUAUGACUCUUUUGUUUGAUCCACGAUACCUGAUCGAACACAAGAAAGAUAUUGAUUGUCCAACUUAUGGUCGACAAGAAUUGGAUUUUAUUCGAAAUAAAUAUAAAGAUCUUCUUGGAUUUGAUUUCUAUGCUGUUCAAAAUGAAUGGGAAUUAUUGAAACGAUCAUUAAGUCAUUUUUUGGGCAGGUCCUCAGCUACUGAUCUACAAGAAACAUUUUGGCAACAAUUUUUAUUGUUACAGCAAUCAAUAAACAGCCAAUUUCUCUCGGAAAACAAGAAUAUACUUUUUUUAUUGAAUAUUUAUUUAAUAUCACCAACAAACAGUGCCGAGUGUGAGAGAGGAUUUUCGGUAGCCAAUCGAAUUCAAACGACUGGUCGUUCACGUAUAAUGAUUUCCACUUUGAACGUACUUAUGAAUAUUUGUUUGUUAUUACCGGACGAUCUGCGAAGUGCAAGAUGCCAACAGGUGAUGGAAAAAGGUUUUGAGUCUUGGAAUGAUAAUAAAAGUAAUCGCCGUUUUCGUCAAAUGAAGUUAGUGCUUGAUAUACCAUCCGAUUACGAACCAAAAAAGUUGACUCGACCGAAUUGUUCCAAAAGAAAACGGUUAUCAAUAUCAUCCCAGUCGAUUAACAAGAAACCAAAAAAUCCUAAAUCAAAAGCCAUACGAUGCGCAAAUGGUUGUAAAACAGAAAUUGCAGCAAAUGAUCCAACACAAUAUAAUGCAAUCCAAUGCUGCCACCAAAGAGAUGAAUUCGAUUGGGUUGAUGCAUUUGAAAAUUGUUCCAGAUGGUUGUGUAACAGAUGCAGGAUCAAGCUUGGUAUAUCAACAGAUUCUAUGUGGUUCUGCACUGAUCACGACGAUAUGCACAGUGAAGAAGAAUGUGAAGAUGAAGAUGUUAGCAAUUAA